AUGCAAAACAAGGUUUCAAGUUUGACUGAAAAAGAAAUUGAGGAGUUUCUGAACACUAUUGAUGUUAUAGAUGAGGAAGGCAGUGAUGACGUGGUCUCAACGGAUGAUGAAGAUAUAGAUGACGGUAUCAGUUUGGUUGACAAAUUCAGUUUUGGCUGUGGCGAACUGGGCAUAAGUGUAUCAGAUCUAAAUUUAACUUUGGUUACGCCUACAGCUUCCGUAGCCAGGGAAGAAUCAAGUGUAAAUUUACAUGGUGACAGUACACCACCAGCUCCUCCAAAAAGGCUUAAGACGUGCGCAGGGGAUUGCUACCAAAUUGGCUCCAAAGAACCUGAAUUGUAUGCAAAAGGGAGCAAGGAUCCAAGCAAAUUUGCUGCUCUCACUGCUGCGUCUACUCCUGCUGCUGGCGCUGAUGUUGUUGCUGAAAAGAAAGAAGAACUAAAAAAGAAAGAAUCAGAAUCCGAAAAAGACGACGAUAUGGGUCUCGGUCUCUUCGAUUAA